GCAGGCACGCGAACUUAGCCCGUGGCUCUGUUAGUGCUAAAGCUAAAGCUCGCGCUAAUGCAGCUUAUCGGGGCACAGCUGAACGGAGGGCCGGUUCUACUCUAUUCCCCCGUGAUACCCGAGGGUCCAGCUCGCGCUGCGGGCGCGCGUGAACAACGGGAGAAGCAGCGCGAGGAAGAGUAACGUUAGUUCACGAGCUAGCGGAAACGGCAGCUCGCGCAGAGCGGAAGUGAGGUCGGACUGUGCUGCUCCCGUCCAUGUUAUUAUUGUUGUUUUGACUGGGGGAUGGUUGGCGGCGGAGCGCGCGGACGGCGGCCAGCCCCCCGGAUCCCUGCCUCCGGUUCCCGAGUCACGCACGCGAGAGAGCCGUAGUAGGCCACACGCACACACAGACACUCACACAAGCGGGCGGACGGAGGGACGGACAGACGGACGGACUGAGGCGCGCGCCGCCGCGCUGCGGUAGCUCGAACGGAAGGGAGAGACGCGCGCGGGGAACCGAAGCGGACCGGGCUCAGCCCGUGCGCUGUUGUCGUCGACGACGCAGACGACGUCGUGUUGCUGCUGCUGUGGUGGGAGUUAACGGCGCCGCGGAGAUGAACGGCAUCGCCAAGGGCAGGUUUGAGGUGUUCUCAAACAGUGAUGAAGCUCCCAUCAACAAAAAGCUUCCCAAAGAGCUCUUGCUCAGGAUUUUCUCCUACUUGGAUGUGGUUACAUUGUGUAGGUGUGCCCAAGUGUCCAAGGCAUGGAAUGUUCUAGCGCUAGAUGGAAGCAACUGGCAGAAGAUUGAUCUCUUCAACUUUCAGACCGAUAUUGAGGGGCGCGUGGUGGAGAACAUUUCAAAGAGAUGCGGUGGUUUUCUUAGGCAGCUGAGCCUGAGAGGCUGUCUAAGUGUGGGUGAUGCUUCAAUGAAGACUUUUGCUCAGAACUGUCGCAACAUAGAGCAGUUGAACCUGAAUGGCUGCACUAAGAUUACAGAUUCGACAUGCAUCAGCCUCAGCAAAUUCUGCUCCAAACUCCGCAACCUCGACCUGACUUCCUGCGUAUCCAUCACCAACCAUGCUCUCAAGGCCUUAAGUGAGGGCUGCCGGAUGCUGGAGAAUCUGAACCUGUCCUGGUGUGAUCAGAUCACGCGUGAUGGCAUUGAAGCACUCAGCCGUGGCUGCAAUGGCCUCAAAGCACUGUUCCUUAGAGGCUGCACACAGUUGGACGAUACUGCACUGAAGCACCUUCAGAAGCAUUGUCCGGAGCUUGUGACAAUCAACAUGCAAUCCUGCACACAAAUAACAGAUGAGGGCUUUGUGAGUUUGUGUCGAGGGUGUCACAAGCUGCAGAUGGUGUGUGUGUCUGGCUGCAGCAACAUCACAGACGCCUCUCUGACUGCACUGGGCCUCAACUGCCAACGGCUAAAGAUUCUGGAGGCGGCCCGCUGCUCUCAUGUGACAGAUGCUGGUUUUACUGUUCUGGCGAGGAAUUGUCAUGAAAUGGAGAAAAUGGAUUUGGAAGAAUGUAUUUUGGUGACUGAUAACACACUGGUCCAGCUUUCAAUACACUGCCCUCGGCUUCAGGCCCUGAGCCUCUCGCAUUGUGAGCUGAUAACAGACGAUGGGAUCAGACACCUGAGCAGCAGUGUGUGUGGUCAGGAGCGGCUGCAGGUGGUGGAGCUGGAUAACUGCCCCCUGAUCACAGACAUCACUCUGGAGCAUCUGAAGAGCUGCCAGCGCCUCGAGCGCAUCGAACUCUACGACUGCCAGCAGGUCACUCGCGCGGGAAUCAAGCGCAUUCGGGCCCACCUCCCGGAGAUUAAAGUCCAUGCCUACUUCGCUCCAGUGACGCCCCCUCCCUCAGUACACGGAGGAGGCCAGCGACUCUGCCGCUGCUGCGUCAUACUCUGACAGAGGGUUGGCUUUUUGAGGGACCCCGUAGAGAGUGGAGCUGUCAGUCAACCUCUCAACCCAACCGUGGUCCUGCUGGACACCACGGCUAAACUCUACCCAAGGGUGUGGCUGUGGAAGGCCUGGUUUCUUCACUGAGUGUUUGCCUGGCAGCAGGAUGGAGCUACACAAGUUUCACGAGCUACAAAUGCAAAAUACAACUCAAAACAUGAAAUCUGAUUUUUUUCAUACAGUACGAUAUACAGUCAGAUAUAUGAGAAGAAUGUGGAACAGCCACCCUGUAAAAUAUUUCACAUUUGGAUCUACAGAAGAAAAAAAAACACAUACACACAUAAACACAUUCUCAUUUGUGGAAGAACCUUAUGCAGUAUGAUCUGGAACUGCUGACUGCGAACCUUGUCUGUGUGCGAUGCCCCCUACCCCGGGGGGCUCAGUGACAACCGGACAGUGUUUACUUCUUGCUCCUCUCUGUCACCGAUAAGAAAAAAUGCAUUCCCUCGCAAAGGGAACCAGUAGAUUACCAGUAUGAGCAAGCAGGAAGGGGCAGACCUUGAGCCUCUGGUGUAAAUGUGGGAGGGUGUUUUUGAAACUUUCCUCCCACAGUGUGUGUGACUGCUUCAGAAUCAGGAGCAGGAAGUCGAGGCUUCUGUUGAACUUACUAAGUUUGCGUGUGUGUGUGUGUGUGUAUGAGAAUGUUGAAAUAUAGAAAACAAAAAAAUAUAAAUAUAAAUAUUAUUAUAACACUACAACCAAGGAACCCGUGUUCAAACUGGAGUCAAAAGGUUCUCAUUUUUUGUCAGUGCUCACCAUUAUUUCGAGAGAGAGGGGAAAAAGAUGUUCUGACGAGAACAUAUGAAUAGGAGAGGGUAAGGGGGGAAUGUGAGUUGGAGAUAAAGAGAUGGAGAAUGUAUGUCAUAUAUAAAAAGGAAGGAUUUGUUAAGCUGAUCGGGAACUAGCUGUAGAUGCGAAGGACCCUUAGGUGUGAUGUGACUGUUCAUAUUUAGAAAAUUCAUAUACUAUUUACUGAGGGAAUUUAAUAUGAAUAGGUGAACCUGAAUUUUACAUUCUAAGUGCAAUAUUGCAGUAUCUUGAAGGCCUAGAUUUUGUGUUAUAUGUUUGUGUCAGAAUUCACAACACUCCAUAGCAUUCAGAAUUUUCUUGGCAAUAGUUUAAUGAAAGUAUUCUUUUAAAAUAGCUUUUUCUAACUCUAUUUGCUGCCAGCUAUCGCAUAUUUAUUUAGCUAUUUUGCUAACAGGCCGGUGCCCAUCGUGUAAUUUGCCACUAAGACCAACAUGAAGGGUGCACCUUUUAAGCAAUGCAAUCAUGAGAGCUUUAAGUGUCUGUGUAUGUCCUCUUUUCAUUGUGCACAAACCUACAUACCAUUCUUAAUGUAGUUUGGAGCACUGAUCAGACUGAUCUGACAGUCUAAAUGCACACUGGGCCUCAUGUUACUAAUCCAGAUGACUGUUGAAUCGAUUGCCUAAUCAAUGAUGAUGAUGAUGAUGAUGUCUUUUGGGUGUGAGUGCCUUUGAUUUUUGCAAUGCUGGAAUGAGCGUGGGAAAUCUGUCCUCAGAGAUAAAAGACUCAGGACUGCAAUGCGAUCCUUCACAUCUUCUCCCUCCCUGCUUCAUCGAGUUUUUAGCAUUGGACACCAUCACAAUAAUGUAAUAACAGUAAGCGGGCGAUGGACCACACGCUGCGACCAAGUCACACACCCAUGUUUGAUGGAGUACUGUUGAAGUUUCUGCUGAAGGAUACAGAGUGAAUUAGGAUUCUACAGUGUCGGCGUAAAGGACAACCCCUCUCUCUUUCAUAUUUUUGACAAAGAGUUGGAAAAAAAAGUUACCUGAUUGUCCUCGUGUUCUGGUGUUACUGUGACAUUUCUUUAAAUAAAAGAUCUGAGCAGUG